GCUGUGACAAUAAUCACCUCGGCAGCGGUGGAAAAACGGAGGUGAAAGUUCGUAUUCGAACGACCGACGUGCUGUUGAAAUCACAAGACGUGAAAAAGAAACAUGGAUGAAAAUGAGGAUUUUACCUUUUCUCUACAAGGCAGCAAGGCCACUUAUGUCCUCAGCAAUGUCGCCGAGGUGGUUGAACGUAUACUGACUUUCUUACCAACCAAAUCGCUACUCCGGAUUGCAAGUGUGUGCAGGCUGUGGAGGAACUGUGCUCGCAGAGUGCUGAGGACUCCGCAGCAUCUGACCUGGGUGUCUGCAUGUGGACCGUCCAACUCUGAUGUACAUGCGCUGUGCAGCAUCCUGACUGAGGAGGUGGAGAAAGUAUUUCUCCUGCCUAAAAUGGUUCUGGUGAUGGUAGACUGCGAGGCUUUCACUGGACAAGCUUAUUGCUACAGACAGAGUAAAGCAAAAAAGAGUCGCCACAGUCCAGACACAGUUGAAGAACUGAAACUGCUCUUCCCCAGAGGUUGUGACAUCAUGGGUGUUGCUACACCAGGGAUAGUCCUGACGCCCAGUGGCUCUUAUUCCAGCCCACCUCAGGAGUACCAGGAAGGAGAGGCAGGCUUUGCAAUCAUGUUCCCAAGCAUGGAGGGUGUGCACAUUAAGCCCUUUCACUUUUGUAAGAAGUCCAUGUCUCCAAGUGCGCUGAAAGAAGCAGGGCUCGUUGACAACCCAGAGCUGCGUGUGGUACUGUUGUUUUUCUAUGAAGCAUAUAAACCAGGAGGGGCACGUUUCCUCAAUCAGAUGCUGGAGCUCCUCGGCAAAAGCAAAGCUCUCGUUGCUGGAGGACUGGUAGAAAGUGUCCUCUCUUCUCCCAGACACUGCUGUAGCCAGGGUUCAUACGGUGUGGUGGGCCUGGCCCUGAGUGGUCCAAAGGUGCAGGGAGCGUCUGUGCUCUUAGAUCAAGACGUCAGCAAUCCGAAGGCAGCUGAAGCCACUGUGCGGCGGUUAAAGGCUGCUAAGCUUCCAGAGAGAAACACCCUUGGGUUCAUGUUUGCCUGCGUGGGGAGAGGCCAGAACUUCUACAACAACCAGACCAAUGUAGAGGCCGACGCUUUCCACAAGGUGUUCCCUAACACUCCACUCUUCGGCCUGUUUGGCAACGGAGAGCUCGGGUGCGACCGGAUCAUCAAAGAUGACUACACUCUGUGCGACGCCGACACCGACAGCCUACAGCACGAGUACACCACGGUCAUGACCCUGGUCCAUCUAGGUUAACAGAUCAACCUGCAAAAACAUUGGACAAACAGUAAGAGUGAUGACCAGUCACGCUCCUGUUUGCAACAGCAGUCGGGAACAACAUACAUUCACAUACUCAUUAGUCACCUUGUGGUUCAGAGAAUCUCUCCAUUUCCUGCUGAUACAGCAGCAAAUGAAUCCUUAAGCUAUUCAUGCGUUGGCGUCUUUUGGGGAAUUACAGUAUGUUCCUCGGAGACUGUGUAUGAAUACAACCUCAUUUUAAAAGUAGUUUCACAAAUUGACCCUAAAAAGACAAACUGAUCAUCUCUGUUAACAUUCAGCUGCAAUAUACUGUAGCACCCUUGUAAUAUAUAUAUACUGUAUAUAUAUAUAUAUAUAUAUAUAUAUAAGUGAAUAUAUUCUUCUCAGAUUGUGCACAGUGAUGGCAUAUCUUUCUCACCCUCUGAUAUGAACCUGAUAGUUUGUUUUGCAAGUGAGUAAAUUAUACACACUUGAGUAUCGUAAGCUCUUGUUAUAGUUGAUGAUUCAACAAAAGCACUUAUUAUAUGUGAGUAGGCCUGUGGUUCUUCUUUCACAGAAUCAAGGAGAUCUUGAUUUGAAUGUUCUUCCCUCUCCUUAAGGUUUUACGCUUGAGGUUUUUACACUUGUCUUAUCAACUGGAAUAUCAAACUAUUUGCCUACAAAUACAAACAAAAGUAAGAUACCUACCGACUGUGGUUUGGCACUGUCUUAUGGUGCUUCUUUUCUAGUACACGUCAGGUCAUAUUUAUGACUUACUGUCAUGUACCUGUGAGCUGUGAGACUUAUUGGUCACCUCUAACCCCUUUUGAAUCAUGUUGGUGCUUAAUGUAAAACCAGUUCCUCACAUUUACAUCAGAAAAGUCUGGCA